CUUCACUGCAAAAGCCAGAGGCUGAAUCUACAAACCCAAACUUCUCAUCUCCUUCCCCAAAACCAAUGUCCAAAAGCCAACAACAUUGAAACCCCAUUCCCCAUUUUCCCUCACUUCACUCUAAAAAUCUCCUAAAAAUUUCCCUCUCACUUUCUCUCCUCCCAAACAAAUCAACCGCACCCACCAUUCUCCCAUCAUACCCAUUUCCUACUCUUUUCAGCAUGUUGUCCUCAUCUCCAUUCCUCCCAACCUUUCUUCUCCUUCUUUCUCUCCCCAUCCUCUUCCUCUUUGCCCCUCGCAUUCUCUCUCCUCGCCAAGUCCCCAUCUCUCUCCCCGACGAGCUCGAUGAUCUCGCCCUGUUCCAGAAUGCUUCCUCUGAAUCAUCAUAUCACAAAACAUGGUCUCAAUCACAUUUAUCAUCAUCAUCAUCAGCAUACCCAUCUUCCAAAUUCCGCCUCGGAGCCACUAACCCCAAAUCCAAAAUCGCAUUUCUCUUCCUUACAAACUCCAAUCUCCACUUCGCUCCCUUGUGGGAACGUUUCUUCGGUGAAAAAUCUCACCAUCUUUACAAUAUCUACGUCCACGCCGACCCAACUGUGAAAAUUGAUAACCCAAAAGGCGUAUUUCAAGAUAGAUUCAUUCCGUCAAAAGUGACUCAGCGUUCAUCACCAACACUUAUCUCCGCCGCUCGCCGCCUACUCGCCACCGCCCUUUUGGAUGACUCGGCCAACGCCUAUUUUGCUGUCAUCUCCCAACACUGCAUACCACUCCACUCCUUCAAGUAUGUAUAUCACACUCUCUUAGAUCCAAAAUUGCCCAAGCUUGGUCAGUUUCGAGAGUUUAAGUACCGUAGUUUUAUCGAGAUUCUUUCCAAUGAAUCCACACUGUGGGAUAGAUACAAUGCCAGGGGGGAAAAUGUGAUGUUACCCGAAGUUCCCUUUGACGAAUUCCGAGUUGGGUCUCAAUUUUUCAUCCUAACUCGAAGGCAUGCCUUGUUGGUAGUUAAGGAAAGGAGGUUGUGGAGGAAGUUCAAGCUGCCAUGUUUGAGGGUUGAGUCUUGUUACCCAGAAGAGCAUUACUUUCCAACAUUGUUGUCAAUGGAGGAUCCAAAUGGGUGUACACAUUACACAUUGACUCGGGUUAAUUGGACUGAGAGUGUUAAUGGCCACCCACAUACUUAUAGACCUCCUGAGGUGUCCCCUGCUCUGAUUUACAAACUCAGGCAAUUGAAUUCGACAUCCGAGUACUUGUUUGCUAGGAAAUUCUCUCCGGAUUGCUUGGACCCGUUGUUGGAAAUUGCGGAUUCGGUCAUUUUGAAGGACUAAGUUUUGGUUUAGGUGAGGGAAAAACCAAUGGAAAAUUUUUGAGACGGUGCGAUGUGAGGAUGUUGGAGUACCACAUGGGAAUUAGGUUUUGAAGUGGCUUUUAAAAUGCCUAAAACCCAAGAAGCCCAGAAAGUCCAACUUCAGCAUGGAAGAGAUUUCAAAAGCAAAUGGUCAAAAGUAUGGUUAGGUGUAUUCUUAUUCUGGUGCUGUAAAAUCAUUAGUGGUUGAUGUGGGUGAAGUGGGUUUCAUCCUUUUUUGUUGUGUGUUAUGUGUACAUAUAGAUGAAUGAAUGGAGAAAUAAAUGUCAUGUAAAUUAAUUUCGAAGGGGUUAACCUGGAAAGCAUUAAGCAGCUGAG